CUCUCUUGCUCUUGAGUGAGUCGUCGUUGGUACAAUCGGCCCAAUGAAAACAAUGUUCUUCAUCCACGCGUCAAGCAGUUGCUAACCAGAUAGCUUAGUGAGUGGUUGGGGUUAUAAAUUUCUGCGAGUCAGUAUCAAAUAAUAUUAUCGUUUGCCGGUACACUGACAUACCUUCACGGAAAGAUCAGAACAAGUGUUUUUCAAGCAUCCCGAACGAGAUAUGUCGAUAGAUAAAAAGAACAUUGUUAUCGAGAGACUUGUAUUCUAGGAAUGUAGCUGAGGACGGCUUUCUCGCCCAGCCGAAAGGAUUUACCACGAAAGCGAUUCAUGUUGGUCAAGAUCCAGAUCAAUGGAAAAGCAUGGCAGUUGUACCUCCUAUAAGUAUGAGUACUACAUUUAAACAAUUUGGUCCAGCCCAGCACGCAGGUUUUGAAUAUGGACGCAGCGGGAAUCCAACUCGAAACGUAUUGGAAACAUGUAUUGCGGCUUUAGAUAAUGGAAAAUAUGGGCUAACGUUCUCCUCGGGUCUUGGUGUGACGACAGCCAUUAUAACGAUGCUAAAAGCCGGUGACAAUAUUGUAGCAGGUGACGAUUUGUAUGGUGGUACCAAUCGCCUAUUAAGAAAUGUAGCCAUGAAUAUGAACAUUUCUAUCGAUUUUGUGGAUGCUACAGAUUUAGCUAAGGUAGAAAAUGCAUUGAAACCAAAUACUAAGCUGGUUUGGAUUGAAACCCCAACGAAUCCACUGCUUAAGGUUAUCGAUAUAGAGGCGGUGUGUGCAAUCGUGCAUAAAGUUCCAGGGAUUACAGUCGUUGUGGACAACACCUUUUUGUCUUCUUAUCUUCAGCGUCCAUUGGAUUUGGGUGCGGACAUUGUCAUGUACUCUUUAACCAAGUACAUGAAUGGGCAUUCCGAUGUUAUUAUGGGUGCUGCUGUUAUGAACGACGAAGCCUUAUAUGAAAAGCUCAAAUUUCUUCAAAAUGCAACUGGCAUUGUGCCAUCUCCCUUUGAUUGCUACUUGGUGAAUCGUAGUCUGAAGACACUUGCUCUGCGCAUGGAACGACACAAAUCUAAUUCGUUAGCUGUUGCCAAGUUUUUGGAGAAGCAUCCAAAAAUAGAACGAGUGUUACAUCCUGGUCUGCCUUCACAUCCCCAGCAUGAAUUGGCUAAACGUCAAACUUUCGGUCAUAGUGGCAUUAUGUCUUUCUACAUCAAGGGUGGUUUAAAAGAAUCUACAUUAUUUCUAAAGUCGUUGGAAGUUUUUACACUAGCCGAGAGUUUGGGAGGCUACGAGAGUCUUGCCGAGCUUCCAUCAGUUAUGACUCAUGCAUCAGUACCGGAGGAACAACGCGCUGUUCUAGGAAUAACCGAUGGGCUUAUUCGAAUAUCGGUUGGCCUUGAGGAUGUAGAUGAUUUAAUUAUGGACUUGAAACAGUCCUUAGAUAAGCUAUAAACUGUACUGUUAUAUUAUUUUGAUAUUAAAACUAAAUAAUCAUGCCCUUCUA